UCGAUAUAAUGAACAAAGCUGCCUUAAUGGCAUUUUUUUUUUUAAUAUCGAGUUGUAUCAUUAUGUUUGGCUUUGUAUUUCCAAGUAAUAAUAUUGUACAAUUUUCUAUCGAGAAAAACAUUAAUUGUGAUUCAUCAUCUUCUAUUGACUGGGAUGCAUUGCUGUCUUCAGCCACAUUAACGGCUAAUCAACUUCUGCAAUACUUCCUGUGGACCAAUCAUUCUUCGUGUCAAUUAUCUCAUUAUUUUGGAGGUAUAAUGAUGAAAAAUCCAUCUGGAUUAGCUGGCCAAAAAGUCGUUUGCAUCGAUCCAAAAGUAGCACCAAAACCUAGGAAGUGUCUUGUGUACUCUUUUGGAAUAAACAAUGAAUGGUCUUUCGAUGAGAAAAUGUCUUUGUAUGGCUGUGAGGUAUUUUCUUUUGAUCCAUCAAUGGGAUUAGAUCAUCACGUCCAUAGUCCUGGCAAUAUUCAUUUUUACAAUUGGGGCUUAGGCGAUCGAAAUGAAUAUGACCAAGAAUUAAACUGGACAAUCCGUUCACUAUCCUCUAUCUACGAAACUCUUUCCAUUCGUCAUGGCAGAAAGGUUAUAGACUAUUUAAAAAUUGACAUUGAAUAUUCUGAAUGGAUAGCUUUGCCAGAUAUAAUCAGUUCCGGAAUGUUGUCCAAGGUCCGGCAAUUAGGCAUUGAAGUUCACCUCGAAGUAACAGAUUCAUUGGAGCAACACCUUGAGAGAGCGAGAGUCUUACGAUCAAUUGAAAAAUCAGGAAUGAUUCGUUUUGAUUCUGAAUACAAUCCGUGGUAUUUCGGAAACUUCACUAAAUUCCAUUUGACCGGGUCUUUGGGUUAUGAGAUCGCAUGGUAUAAUGGGAAGCUUUUUCAUGAUGCAUGAUAUUUUAAAUCGCAGUAUUUUAAUAUAUUGCUUAAUGAACAGAAAAUUUU